GGUUAGUCUUGAAGGCCAAUUGCCAACAUGAGUGAAGCAUAACACCUGAACACAACUAUAGAUUCAUUCUACAAUUACUUGAUUUUAUCUGUCGAAUGAAAGAGAUGUGCUUUUCUAAAAAUUGCACAAUAUUCGGCUAAGUUGUAUUUGUACAAUGAGGAUUUCGAAAUUUCCAACAAGAGAUGCAUAAAAGUAUACCUGAGACUGCCGUCUUUACACGACAGCGGGGGUGUUUUUCACAUAAAAAGUGGAACGGUGAAAAUGAGAAAGUCGAGAGCUUACACAACAACUGGCCUAUGAGAGCUGGAAAAAACUAUGACUCAGGGAUUCGAAAGAAUCGGAUGGAGUAUGAAUCUGUUUUUGCCACCGGAAUCCAACGGAACGCAGCUCCACUGCUCUAUAGAUCAGAAUUAAAGUUGAAAGCUCAGGGGAUGGUGGCUUACAACAACCACCUGAAUGGGGUCUGGGCGUGUACUCAUUGCAUUAUGUGAUGAAACACUAGUUAACUUUGACAUGCAAAAAGCAAUGAGCUACUGACUGACUGGUUUCAACGUAG